AUGACGGAGGCGGGCUCGCAAAAUGAAAAGGGAGAUGUCUGUAUUCACAACUACGAAUGCGAUCGCACCGGCAAGCCCAAGUGCACCAGAAACUUUCAAAAGAAGAACGCGUGCGCACCUAAAGAGGUUCUAAACGCUGCGGCUGCCCCAUGA